CUUCAUAAUGACUACAGAUUAGAAAGUUUGAAGUCUACACUAUUUAUGGCUGAGGUUUAAUUGAAUAAGCAUAUCCAUUUGUCCUCUUCUUGAAACGUCCGGCCAUGGCUAUGUCCCUUCUGUUUCCGAGCUAUCCUCUUCAAUCCUUGGGCAGAAGCAACAGAUGGUUCCCGGUUGGAACUAGAUCAAAACCUAUUUGUUUAGCACUGACCAGAGCCCAAACAAGCGAUGGUGACCAAGAGGAGAAUGUAGUGAUCGUCGGCGCCGGGAUUGGUGGACUUGCCACCGCCGUUUCUCUUCACCGGCUAGGAAUCGGGUCGGUCGUGCUGGAGCAGGCAGAGUCGCUUCGGACGGGAGGAACAUCGCUGACGCUAUUCAAGAAUGGUUGGCGCGUUCUUGACGCCAUCUCUGUUGGGCCUCAACUCCGAACGCAGUUUCUUGAAAUCGAAGGGAUGGUAGUGAAGAAGGAAGAUGGAAGUGAGCUUCGUUCUUUCAAAUUCAAAGACGAAGAUCAAAGCCAAGAAGUUCGGGCAGUGGAGCGGCGGGUACUCUUGGAGACACUUGCAAGCCAGCUUCCUCCACAUGCCAUUCGGUUUUCCUCAAAACUGGAAAGUAUACAAAGCAAUGCCAAUGGUGACACCCUCCUUCAACUUGGAGAUGGAACCCGGUUGCUUGCAAAGAUUGUUAUUGGUUGUGAUGGUACCCGGUCUAAAGUUGCAACGUGGAUGGGGUUUAGUGAGCCGAAAUAUGUUGGUCAUUGUGCUUUCCGUGGCCUCGGGUACUAUCCAAAUGGACAGCCAUUUCAGAAAAGGGUGAAUUACAUAUACGGUAGAGGGCUUCGAGCUGGAUAUGUACCUGUAUCUGCAACAAAAGUAUACUGGUUCAUUUGUUUCAACAGCCCAUCUCUAGGGCCAAAAAUUACAGAUCCAGCUAUCCUAAAGAAACAAGCAAAAGAGAUGGUUAGUACCUGGCCUGAAGAUCUGCAAAACCUCAUCGAUCUAACACCUGAUGAAACAAUCAGCAGAACUCCUCUUGUAGACAGGUGGCUAUGGCCUGGAAUUGCUCCUCCAGCAUCAAAAGGCAGAGUGGUUCUUGUUGGAGAUGCUUGGCACCCAAUGACUCCAAAUCUUGGACAAGGUGCUUGCUGCGCCUUGGAAGAUUCAGUUGUUCUAGCUAAUAAACUUGCCAGUGCAAUGAACGGAGGGAGUGAAUCAGUUGAAGCAGCAAUGGAAUCAUACGGGAGUGAAAGAUGGUCUCGAGCAUUCCCGUUGACAGUACGUGCAAACCUAGUCGGAGCACUCCUGCAAUGGGACAAUCCUCUAGUGUGUUCCAUUAGAAACAAUAUCGUCAUACCAAAGUUAGUGAAGCUUGGACCAAUGCUUGAACACACAAACUUCGAAUGUGAACCUCUCUAUGAUAGUUCAAAAAUCUGAUCUUGUCUGUAUAGUAAGAUCUUAAAACCAUAUGGUUCCAUUGGAUAGAAGAUAAAUAUAUAAAACUAUGUGAUUUAAUGUAAAAGAAUAAUACAAUGUUGUGUAAUUGUCUAAACAAGAACAGAGUAAAGCUUGAACAGAGUAAUCAAACUCUGUAAUCUUCACUG